GUACCCAGUACAUCACUAAUUAGUGAUGCAACGAGUGGUCAUUUGGUCCGAAUUACCCUAUACUUUCUUUUCACCACAUCAUCAGAUCUUGAUGCACUUUUGGAUGCAGAGUUGCCUUAUUCGAGGCUGGUUCCUUUUUGUUUCAGAUGCGUUUCUCAUAAGCCUGUAGUGGCUGAGCCACGAACAGUGAUGAAGUUAGAAUUCGAUCUCGACAAACGUCGGCAAGAGCUCGAUCCAUGUGAACUACGACUACGACGUGAUAAAUUGAAAUGCAGGGUUGCUGUUGACUACAGUAAUCUAAUGUUUCGUGCACGUAUGAAGAUUAGUGUAGUGAAAAAACGAAGUGUUCUAUUGUUCUUAGACGGGUGUCACCUAUAA